UGGAAGCACCCACAUCAAUCAAGCUCAUCGGAACACAAGAGUUCAGGAAGGAGGGAAACAGCUGGCAGUACAGAGGUGGAACCAGAGAGCAGCUUCCGGGAAGGGGCCACAGAACAGGCACCUCCAGCCUCAGGUACUGAAGAUCAUCGCAUACUGCCAGGAGGAAUUACAAAAGAAAGUUCUUCCUUGUCAUUAAAUACAUUAAGCAGUUCUCCUCAAGAUAUGAGCUCAAAGGAAAAAUCAGAUAAUGGCAAAGAGGUAGGAUCUGAGACCAGUCUUCAGGAGAGGGCUACAGCACAAACAGCUUCAGACACAGGUCCCAAAGGGAUUCUUGGAAUAUUAGGAGGAAUUAGAAAGGAAACUUCUUUCCUCUCAUUACACAAAUUAAGCAGUGAAAGAAAAAUGUCUGCUUACGUUGAUGCCUCUGCUCAUAAGAAGCCUUUAGGAAUUUCAGUGUCGAUACAGACAGAAACUAGCUGGCUUUAUGAACAUGUCUACAGAAAACUAAGCCAGAGGAAGAUGAAAGAAUUCGAGAAGACUAGUGCUCAUGUUGACUCUACUUCUAAAACUGAUAUGCUGGUAGCCCCGUCACAAGAACUUGCCAGCAUAGGUAUCUUAUGUGACACAGAGUUUAAUGAAGACUUUGUAAAGCUGUUUGAGGAAUCUCUGUGGACACUCCCCUGCAUUGGGCUACCAGCUCUUCUAGCAUAUAAGCCAGAAUCAUCAAGAGAAAACAUGCAGAUAGAGAUAGAAGAAGAAUGUGUUCCAGUAUGCGAGUACUGUGGCAGCCCACUGAAGGUAUUCCCUUCCUAUGAAUAUACUGACCCCACCUCAAAAGAUUACCAAAUGAACUUUUGUUGUGAGAACAGCCGAGACCUCUACAAGUACAUUGUUAAUGAAAGCCAGCUUUAUGAAAAGUCUAAGAAUGAGUCAAUCUCCAUUGACCCUCAUGAAGCACAUGGUAGUGAAACUGAAAGGCAGCGAGCACGGGAGAAAGCAUAUUUAAGGCAACAGGAGAGACAAAUGGUAAAACAGUUGGCCUAUGUGACAGCAGAGCAGACCAGUUUCAUUGAAUAUUCAAAACAACUUAACACCAUUUCCUACCAGCUUUCCCGAGAGCCACCCUGGUCAGGAACUUAUACUCUGCCAUCUGAUGAGACAGUUGAAAAAGAAGAGGGAGAGGAUAUUAACUACAGUAUUACAUGCUGUGACUUUACCAUAGUGGGUGGAAAGUUAGCGAAGAACCAGUUCCUGGAAAAGUAUUACAGGCACGGAGGAAAAUUUCUUACCUUAUUUCCAGAUGGGACAUCCCAAUUAUUCUAUCCAUCUGGAAAUCUGGCGGUGAUCGUUGUGAACAAGAAAGGAGGUUUGAUUUGCAUAGUACAAGAAGACAAGCCAACUAAUGCAGCAAUCCAAGCAGUGUUUGAGUCCAGUGGUAAAAGCACUUGCUAUCAUCCCAAUGGGACUAUAUGGAUAAACAUUAACAUUGAGGAAGGACAUUACUUAGAUCAAGCUGGCAACAGAGUGAGGGUGUGGACCUGGCCAAGCCAUUUGAAACCUUCUGGAUCUCGUAUUCCAUUUAAACCCAUUUUUAUAUCCCUGAACCAGUAUCUUGGUGUCAGGAUAUAUGGACAAGACAAGAUUAUGAUUUCUUUUCUAGCCAUGGGGCAACAAGCAAAAUUCAUCGUGGGAACAAAAGUGCAGGUGAGGCAGAGUAGUCAACUUCCAUCACCAAAAUUUCCCUGUGAAGAACUACUGCUGUUUGCCUGCAAAAUAAAGAUUCAGCAUCUGUUUGACAGACUUCAGAGAUGUUUAAACUUCCCUUCUAAUGAGCAAUGGGACAAAAUCAAGCCGCCUUCAUACCUUGCAACCCAGGCUUUAAAAUUAAUGUACCUGUGUAAGAAUUCUGGCAUAAGUGAGGACCUAGACAGUUCAGUACGAGCUAUAAUAAACGCACCUGUCUGACCUGCAGAAUGUAUGCUGCUCAGUGACCAUUCAUUUCACUGUUCUGAAGAAUACUGUAGAUCUAUGAAAAUUAGCCUAAAGAACUUCUAUACAGUAGGCUCAACUUUUAAGGCCAACUCUUUUACCUUCUGUUUAACUACCUAGGCAAUUGUCCCCCAUGCACCAGGUACAGUUCUUUCUAUCAUUAGUAUUCCAUUAAUUUAAGUGAGAUAGUUUGUGGUAGUAAUCAUCACAUCACAUCACAUCCUAUAUUAAAUAUAAAGGAUCCAGUUCUUCCUUAAAAAUUGGG